AGCGCGAGGAGCGACAGGUAAAGUUCAGCAUCGCUACCCGGAAGACACUUUAAUAGGCUAGUGAAUCCUAACACACCUGUAGACCGGUCUGUUCAGAGAUAUACUUCGUCCUUCGCAAACGAAAUAAGGGUGUUCAAUGGCUGACCUUCAAGAGGAGUUCCAGGACCAGUUCAACGAUGUAGUCAGCAGGCUGGAGUCCCACCAGUUCUUCCAAUCCGAUUGGGACAUAGCGUCUUUCGCCGUGUUUUUCAUCUUCAUCGGUAUGGUUCUACUGCUCGUGCUCUUGGUCCUUAUCCGUUGCUGCUGCUGUUGCUGUGGCGAUGAGAAGCCAAGAAGAAGGAAGGUUGGAAUAGAAAACAUGGGCCUGGAUUCCUGAGCGCAGAGAUGUCUUGGUUCAGUUAGUUUCACAAAGGGCCAACGAUGUUCCGGGUCUGUGUGCGCUCACUGCUUUCCCGCGAGUGCCCCCCAUGCUAUAGGUGUUGAUUAUAUUCAACCAUCUGAUCGUCUCACAUUGUACCCCUUUAAUCAACAAAUGACAAGCACAAAUCAUCACAGCACUUUUUUCUAUUCUAUUUUUCUAUACUAUGGCAUUAGAAUUGUAACGUUAGAUGACGAAAUGUCUGUUUGAAACAUUUUUAAAUUGUGUAAAUUGUUUUUAAAUGUUGAUUUUUAUGCAUAAAUGAUCUACAUUAAUGUCUGCAGUCAGAGUUUGAAUGCAUAACAUUAACACCUGAACCACACUGGUAGGUAGGUUGUGUUUUAAAAUAAGAAGUUGUAACUCAUCAAUGGUUGGAAAAUCCUUCUGAAAGGCAUUUAUUGCACAGACAAUAGAUUAAUAAUUUAUAGCAUAUAUAUAUAUCAUUUAUAUUUUCACAAAAUAUGAUUAGUUUCACAGGUUAUCGUCAAGACAAGUAACGACAAAUAAAUUAAAUACAAAAUGUAUGCACAAAACAAACUGGAAUGAUUGCAUAAAUAUUUACGACACAUUUACCUUCCAUUAGCUUAUUUAAGUCAGGGCUUUGUUGGUCUUAAUACUACAACAGCAAAAUAAACCAAAGUGGGUUGUUAGGCAGAAACACAAACCAUCUUUUCUACCCAUAGACCACGCAGCACGUAUGCAAGAUUCAUUCAAAUCAUAGCACUUCACGAGGGGGUGAAGACAGGGGACGAGCAACGGGCACUGAUAAGUUGACAAUGGUCAAUACUGACACGGGUUUUGAGCUGACUCCAUUUGCAGCUGAAGAACAACACCUCAAAACACAUUGACUAUACACGUGGUAUUUCCAAUACAUCAAUUCUGUUUUUCAUAUAUAUAUACUGUAUAUUAUAUAAUUUACUUUGCACAGGAGGUUAAAAGGGUCUGUAGUUCCACAGACUUGAGAACACGGAUAUCUGUGAAGUGUGGAGAAUUAUAAAUUAGCGAGCAAAUGUAAAGUCAUAGGAAAAGUUAAAUUUCUAUCUCCUGACUUGCUUACCAGGAUUGGCUAUAAACACAGUAUUCACUUUACACAGGUUCAUCUUUACUGACUUUACUUUACAAAUCCAGUAACCGAAAAGAACAUUUUCCACCGGUAGAUUAGCCCGCUACAAGACACAGUCGGGCCUUAUUGUAGACUGCAGGUGUAAACGUCGGGUACUCACUUUGUCCUUGAGCUGCUGGCAGAGCUGCAGGGAGAUGGUGAAGAAGACCAGCGUGUCGUUGA